AUUCCGAGCUAAUCGUUCGUCUGAACCCGUCCAUAGUUUUAAACCAUCCACUGUCUUCUCCUCUUCUUCUCCUCUCUCUCUCCCCUCUUCCUCCGCUGCUAGAUUCUUCUCUGUCCGAACUUCCACUAGAACCGCAGUAGCGCCCUCUCUCCUGCGUCCGACCCCGGUCAAGAACUUCCCCACCACCACCACCAACUUUAACAACAACUGCCGUCGCGCUUUCUCUUCCUCUUCCUCCGCUCAAUUCUCCCCUUCGUCCACCAUGUCUCACGGAAACGUCGUCUCUAUCACCUCCGCCGCCGAGUUCAAGGAGAAGGUCCUCGACGCCGAGGAGCUUGUCGUCGUCGACUGCUUCGCCACCUGGUGUGCUCCCUGCAAGGCCAUCGCCCCCAAGGUCGCCCAGUUCUCCGAGAUCUACCCCCAGGCCAAGUUCUACCAGAUCGACGUUGACGACCUGUCCGAGGUCGCCGCCGAGCUCGGUGUCCGCGCUAUGCCCACCUUCAUCCUCUUCAAGAACGGCGAGAAGGUCUCCGAUGUCGUCGGUGCCAACCCCCCCGCUCUGGAGGCUGGCAUCAAGGCUUUGAUUGCUUAGAUUUGAGAUAAUGGGAUACAUGUUGUUGUUGUUGGUGUAUGUGUAUGUGUAUUCGUGUGUGUAUGUGGGCAGACAGUGAAUAUUAGGUAAUGAAUGAUGGGGUUUUGAUACCCGUCUUUCAAUGGUUUACUUCUUAUUUUUUUGUUGGGGUGGGGUGUGAGGAGUGAGGGGUGAGGAUGGAGCGUGUAUAUGGGGAAUGUAGCUGUGUAGUAUGUAGAGAUUGUCCGGUUUGUAAGGGUGGAGUGAGAUGGAAUUUCGGUCUGGUGCUGUCGCAUCCAGAAGUCUUGAGGGGAUCACCGUGGCUGGAUAUCUAUCAACAUCUAUCGAAUUCACAUCCCAGUCAGUCAGGGAUGAACGGCUACAGGUAUUAGCAACAUAAUCAUACUUGCUAUACCUUAUAUACCUUACCUGCCGUAAUAACAGCCACUGCUCCUCUUCCUG